UUUUGUGACUGGCUUAUUUCACUCAGCAUAAUCCCCUCAAGGUUCAUCCAUGUUAUAUUCUGAGUUAUUUUUUAGCAGUUCCCACCACCUGCCUUAAACAUAGGGGCAGUGGCUGUGGGAGGUCAGGAAAGACCAGGGUGAGGACAACUGCACUGGUCCAGUGAGCGAAGAUGGAGUGGGACCUGUGUGAGGUGGAGAGAAGUGACCAGACUGAGGACCUAAUUUGAAGGUUGAUCAGCUGACUCUUAAGAAAGGAUUAGAUGUGGGGAUACUGAAUAGAGAGGGGUAAAGGAGUUUGAGAUUUUAGCCAGGGCAGUUGGGUGGAUGGUGGUGAAGGAAGCAGAAGGUCCAGAGGGAAAGGCAAUCCAGAGCCCAGCUUUGGCCACAUUAGGUCAGAGACACUAGAGAGAUGGGUGGGUGAACGAAGGAGGCCAGAGGGUCCUCAGAUGGAUCUGAGGUCAGGGAUGGGGUUGGGAUGGGGCAAAGGAAGCCAUCGGCAUAAACGAGUGGACUGAGUCACCCAGGUUGUGCAUCCCAGGCGGUGAAUGUAGAUGGAGAAGAGAGGCAGAGCUGCACCCAAGCCCAGGAACACUCUGCACAUUGGGAGACAGAGGCUGGCAAAGGAGGGUGUUGGAGCUAUUUAGCAGGGGAGCAAGCAGGUCAGUGAGAGGCGAGAGCCCCAUACUCCUGCCAAUGUAACUGGGCCUCCUGGGGCAGGGAACCCCUUGGCUAAGGCAGCUGCUGCUGCUGCUGUCACUGGUGACAUUUCACUCCAUGAGAGUCCUGCCUUCAAAGUCUCUGCAGGGGUAAAGGAGGAGGGGGCUGGAGAGGCCAGGCAGGUGGGGGAGGGAGGCAAAGCAACGCUGCAGGAGGAGACCAGCAGCCAGGAGUCUGCCAGAGUCCUCAUCUGAGGUACGUGGUUCUGACAAAGGGGGAGCAUCCAACCCUACCCCACGGUCCCCAGGGCACCUGGGAAGAGGUGUGGGGGCCCUUCAGGUGGCCCUCGGGCCCCAGUCUGGAGUUCAGCCUGCUUCCUAUGGCCCUGCUCACCCUCCCCCAGAUGUCCAGCAAGGUAGCUGCCGGCAGCGACAUCGGGCAGGCCCGCCGGGCCGUGGAGCAGCUGAGGAUGGAGGCCGGCAUUGACCGAAUGAAGGUGUCCAAGGCAGCCUCUGACCUGCUGCAGUUCUGCUUGGAGCAGGCCAAGAGUGACCCGUUCCUGGUGGGCAUCCCAGCUGCCACCAACCCCUUCAAGGAGAAGAAGCCUUGUGCCAUCCUGUGAUACUGGCCCUGAGGACCACUCAAUAAACAUGAAGUAAAUGCUCCUCAGGGCUUGGUGGGCUGCAGUGGCGGGCAAAGGG